GAUGUUGACGUCACGGGAAGGCGGGUUUUUAUGUGUGUGCAUGAGCUACACGUUUUAUUUCCUUAAGCUGUUUUCUUGCAGUUAGUGUCUCGUUGGUGAUUUCUAAGUAUUUGAUGAUUUAUAGCUGAUAUUUAUCUUGAUUUGUCAUAUAGGAGAAAGCGACUUUUUAAGAUGGGGUAUAUGGUUGUGGAGAAGCACACAUUUGACGUGCUUCAUUUGAAGAGAUCUCCUGGGAUUAGAUCUUGGUCCCUCCUUGUUGGAAUUGCUUCGGUUGGAUUUGCCGCGGCCUAUUACAGCUCUGACAGUAUAUUAUGGAAGAUGUUCUACGUGACCGGCUGUUUAUUUGUUGCACUACAAAACAUGGAGGAAUGGGAGGAGGCAGUGUUUAACAAAUCCAAGAAGGAAAUAGAAUUGAAAUCUUUUAGUCUCUAUGCCAUGAUAUUGACUUUCUGGAAAAGAGGGCACGAGACAGUGUUGUUAGAUCUGAGACAUUUGCGAGACGUGAGUGUUCAGGAGGAGAAGGUGAGGUAUCUUGGGAAGGGAUACCUGUUGGUGUUACGUCUGGCAACCGGAUUCUCUCAUCCGCUUACACACAGCGCCACGCUGGGGUCACGCUGUGAUGUAGAAGCACUCGCUGCUUUAAUAAAGCGCUUCUUGGUUCUUGAGGAGUUACACCAGCAGUUUGCAGAAGAAGACUUUCUGAAUGAAGAUGAAGACUUUGAAGAUUUGGGUGAAAGCAGCGAUUCAAAAGAUGAAGCUGAUCUUUAAUACCUGGGAGAUAUUCCUGUUGUGAUAAUGGUGGCAGACACUGUAUCAAGAAUCAACCACACACUCCAUGAACCUUACAAACCAAAGAUUGUUACACACUGUAGUAUUUUAUAUGCAUUUCAAAGAGGCAUUACGAGAUAAUGUUUAAUACUUUAAGAUUCGUCUCUACGGUUUGCAAUGCAUGCAUGAGUAAUUUGCUUGUUUGAGAAUGAACUGCAUGAUGAAUUUACUUUCCAUUGCUGAGAGAGCAGGUACUCAUGAGCUCUUAUCCUCUAUGCAUGACCAUUCAGAUCAAACUGUGCCUUUAUUCACUGCAUUAGAGCAUGGCCGUCACUAAAAAGAUGGAUUUCAGAAAGACUGCUUUAAGGAUAAACUUGUUGUUUGUUUGUCAAUUUACAUUUCUUUAAAAAGUAUAAUCAGAGACUUAAGCUUUAGAAGAAACUAUAUCUGGAAGAUGCUCAUAAGUUAUUCGUUUUCCAAGGAGAUGCAUUUUUAUUUUAGAUGUUGCUGAUUUUUUAGAUUUAUCAAUAUGAGAUUAGCUGUUUUAUUUCUUUAGUUAUUUCCUGUUUUUAGGUAAAUGAUUUGACAACACUUGUUUGGUUAUAAUAAAUGUGAGUUAUGCAUUAAUGCUUGUUUAUUAUACAUAUUUACUGUAAAAUACAAUUUCAAAAAAAUUUCCAAAGUAACUUGGGGGAAAAAAACAACUCACUCUGGCUUGUGUAUGUUAGUAAUAGGUUUUAUUUGGACUAGUGCAAUAAAUACUUGAAAACAUUA